GACAUCAUCACAAAGAUGCAAGAUGACAAGACAGGUGGUGUGCCUAUCAGAACAGUCAAGAGCUUUCUCUCCAAAAUCCCCAGUGUUGUCACAGGUACUGACAUUGUGCAGUGGCUUAUGAAGAACCUCUCCAUUGAGGACCCAGUUGAAGCAAUACACUUGGGAAGCCUCGUAGCCGCCCAGGGCUACAUCUUUCCAAUCUCGGACCAUGUUCUCACCAUGAAGGAUGACGGCACCUUUUAUCGCUUCCAGGCCCCAUACUUCUGGCCUUCGAACUGCUGGGAACCUGAAAACACUGACUACGCCAUCUACCUCUGUAAGAGGACAAUGCAGAAUAAAGCAAGGCUGGAACUGGCAGAUUAUGAAGCAGAAAACUUAGCAAGACUCCAGAGGGCCUUUGCAAGGAAGUGGGAAUUCAUCUUUAUGCAAGCAGAAGCACAAGUAAAGAUUGAUCGGAAAAAGGACAAGACAGAGAGGAAAAUUUUGGAUAGUCAAGAACGAGCCUUUUGGGACGUCCACAGGCCAGUGCCAGGCUGUGUGAACACAACAGAAAUGGAUAUUAGAAAAUGUCGACGUUUGAAGAACCCGCAAAAGGUUAAAAAGUCAGUGUACGGCGUGACUGAAGAAUCCCAGUCACAAAGCCCAGUGCACGUCCCCAGUCAGCCAGUCAGGAAAACUACAAAAGAGGACGUCCGGAAAGAGAUAACAUUUUUGAAUGCACAGAUUGACAGGCAUCGUUUAAAAAUGUCCAAAGUGGCUGAAAGCUUAAUUGCUUACACAGAACAGUAUGUGGAAUAUGACCCUUUGGUCACGCCAGCUGAGCCGUCCAAUCCCUGGAUCAGUGACGAUAUUGCUUUAUGGGACAUAGAGAUGAGCAAAGAGCCCAGCCAGCAGCGAGUAAAGAGAUGGGGCUUCUCUUUCGACGAGAUAUUGAAGGACCAGGUGGGGCGGGACCAGUUUCUACGAUUUCUGGAGUCGGAAUUCAGUUCUGAAAACCUCAGGUUCUGGUUGGCUGUCCAAGAUCUCAAGAAACAACCCCUACAAGAUGUGGCCAAGAGGGUGGAAGAAAUCUGGCAGGAGUUUCUGGCCCCCGGAGCCCCAAGUGCAAUCAAUCUGGAUUCUCACAGCUACGAGAUAACCAGUCAAAACGUCAAAGAUGGAGGGAGAUACACAUUCGAAGAUGCCCAGGAGCACAUCUACAAGCUGAUGAAGAGUGACAGCUAUGCCCGCUUCCUCCGGUCAAAUGCUUACCAGGACUUGCUGCUCGCCAAGAAGAAGCCAGAAAGUGAGCAAGGUCGUAGAACUUCCUUAGAAAAGUUCACUCGCAGUGUGUGCUGCUGGCGCAGAGUCAGAAUGGCCGCUGCAUUUCACCCCCGAGGUGGCUUCCUUCCAGCAGUGGGGAAAGUCGCUGGCGGGCAAGCGCCUCACCGGCCUGAUGCAGUCCUCCUGACGGUCCCCCCGGCAGGGCCCGGGCCCGAGGACCACGCGGGCAGCCGGCCGUGCUCCACAUCUGCAGACAGAGCUUCCCUGCGGGGAGAUUUGGUCACUGUGAAAGAGAAAGAGUGA